AUGGCGCAGUGGAACCAGCUGCAGCAGCUUGACACGAGGUACCUGGAACAGCUCCACCAGCUCUACAGCGACAGCUUCCCCAUGGAGCUCCGGCAGUUCCUGGCCCCGUGGAUCGAGAGCCAGGACUGGGCAUACGCUGCCAGCAAGGAGUCCCAUGCCACGCUGGUGUUCCACAACCUGCUUGGGGAGAUCGACCAACAGUACAGCCGCUUCCUGCAGGAGUCCAACGUCCUCUACCAGCACAACCUGCGCCGCAUCAAGCAGUUCCUGCAGAGCAGGUACCUGGAGAAGCCAAUGGAGAUCGCCCGGAUCGUGGCUCGCUGCCUGUGGGAGGAGUCCCGGCUGCUGCAGACAGCUGCCACUGCAGCCCAGCAAGGAGGACAGGCAACACAUCCUACAGCAGCUGUGGUGACAGAGAAGCAGCAGAUGCUGGAGCAGCACCUGCAGGAUGUGAGGAAGAGGGUGCAGGAUCUGGAGCAGAAGAUGAAAGUGGUAGAGAACCUCCAGGAUGAUUUUGAUUUUAACUACAAGACUUUGAAGAGCCAGGGAGACAUGCAGGACCUGAAUGGGAACAACCAAUCUGUGACCCGGCAGAAGAUGCAGCAGCUGGAGCAGAUGCUGACGGCACUGGACCAGAUGCGGAGGGGCAUCGUGAGCGAGCUGGCAGGGCUGCUCUCGGCCAUGGAGUAUGUGCAGAAGAUGCUGGCAGAUGAGGAGCUGGCAGACUGGAAGAGGCGGCAGCAGAUUGCCUGCAUUGGUGGCCCUCCCAACAUCUGCCUGGACCGCCUGGAGAACUGGAUAACCUCCCUGGCUGAAUCUCAGCUGCAGACCCGGCAGCAGAUCAAGAAGUUGGAGGAGCUGCAGCAGAAGGUGUCCUACAAGGGUGACCCAAUUGUGCAGCACCGACCCAUGCUGGAGGAGAGGAUCGUGGAGCUGUUCCGCAACCUGAUGAAGAGUGCUUUCGUGGUGGAGAGGCAACCCUGCAUGCCCAUGCACCCUGACCGGCCCCUAGUCAUCAAAACUGGUGUCCAGUUCACCACCAAAGUCAGGCUGUUGGUCAAGUUUCCAGAGCUCAACUACCAGCUGAAGAUCAAAGUCUGCAUUGACAAGGACUCUGGGGAUGUUGCAGCACUUCGGGGGUCCCGCAAGUUUAACAUCCUAGGGACAAACACCAAGGUGAUGAACAUGGAGGAGUCGAACAAUGGCAGCCUCUCAGCAGAGUUCAAACACCUGACCCUGCGGGAGCAGCGCUGCGGCAACGGCGGCAGAGCCAACUGCGACGCCUCGCUGAUCGUCACUGAAGAGCUGCACCUCAUCACCUUCGAGACAGAGGUGUACCACCAGGGGCUGAAGAUCGACCUGGAGACUCACUCGCUGCCUGUGGUGGUCAUCUCCAACAUCUGCCAGAUGCCCAAUGCCUGGGCAUCCAUCCUGUGGUACAACAUGCUGACCAACAACCCCAAGAAUGUGAACUUCUUCACCAAACCUCCCAUCGGGACCUGGGACCAGGUGGCAGAGGUGCUGAGCUGGCAGUUCUCCUCCACCACGAAGCGUGGGCUCAGCAUCGAGCAGCUGACAACUCUGGCAGAGAAGCUCCUGGGGCCAGGUGUGAAUUACUCCGGAUGCCAGAUCACCUGGGCCAAGUUCUGCAAGGAGAACAUGGCUGGCAAAGGCUUCUCCUUCUGGGUCUGGCUGGACAACAUCAUUGACUUGGUGAAGAAGUACAUCCUGGCGCUGUGGAACGAAGGGUACAUCAUGGGCUUCAUCAGCAAGGAGCGGGAGCGUGCCAUCCUCAGCACCAAGCCGCCAGGCACCUUCCUGCUGCGCUUCAGCGAGAGCAGCAAGGAGGGUGGCAUCACCUUCACCUGGGUGGAGAAGGACAUCAGUGGGAAGACCCAGAUCCAGUCGGUGGAGCCCUACACUAAGCAGCAGCUGAACAAUAUGUCCUUUGCUGAGAUCAUCAUGGGCUACAAAAUCAUGGAUGCCACCAACAUCCUGGUGUCCCCCCUGGUGUACCUGUACCCAGACAUCCCCAAGGAGGAGGCCUUUGGGAAAUACUGCCGCUCUGAGAGCCAGGAGCACUCUGAGGCCACUGACUCAGGUAGUGCUGCUCCAUAUCUGAAGACCAAGUUCAUCUGUGUCACCCCCACCACCUUCAGCAGCACCAUCGACCUGCCCAUGUCCCCACGCACCCUGGACUCCCUCAUGCAGUUCGGCAGCAGCGAUGGCGCAGAGGCCAAGGCUGGAGGGCAGUUUGAGUCGCUGACCUUCGACAUGGAGCAGACUCCAGAGUGUGCCUCGUCCCCCAUGUGAGCUCUGCCAGGGCUUGGCCUCCUGCCUCCCAAGCUGCUCUGGGCUGGGGUCCUUGCACCGGUUCCUUGUCUGACCCAAACCAACCCUCCUGCUCCAGGGUGGUGCCACUUGGCUCUUGGGGAGGAGAGGGGGGUGAACCUUUUUCAAUUGCCUUCCAUAAGGGUUUUUUAUUCUUGUGUUGCUCAUCCAAGUGCCUACUGGCUCUGGCUGCAGCCCUGCUUGCUGCCAAUGCUUCUGCUGCCUCCCUGCCUGCCAGGGCCCCACAGCCUUGGGGCUCCUAUGAGCUCAGUGCUGCCUCCAGAUGCCUGAGA